GCGGUAGCAGAUAAGGUUUGCCUCCACGCUGUAAGAGCUCAGAGUAUACAGAACUCACAAGAGAGCAGCGCCUAGAGCUAGGACGUUGCUCAAGUGUAUGAAAACUUUUGGACUUCUGUCUAACAACGACUAGUAGUACUUGGGACGUUGAGUGAACGCUGCUUCAAAAGGUUUUCAACGAGGCACUUUCAAACAGCGACAACAACUUUGUUACAACAGUUCGCGGGACAAGGAAGACUUCGAAAGUUUGAAAAUCACCGUGCCUGCGAGCACAGGAUAGUCUACACAGAAAAGUUCUGGUUAUAGGGACUCUACGAAGUUCCCAGCUCAUUCAGUUGGGAAACAGAAGACGGACUUGAUAUCGCUCUCAGUCUGUAAGUGAAAGACAACUAAAAGAAAGUUUUGGUUUCUUUUCUAUGUCUGUCAAGAUGGAAACUACUUUCUACGAUGACUCUGUGAACGGUGCUUUCACUCAGCACGACAAUGCCAGUUAUGGAUAUAACCCCAAAGCACUGAAACAAAACAUGACGCUCAAUCUCAGUGACCCUGCCGUUAACCUCAAACCUCACCUGCGCGCUAAAGCCAGCGACAUACUGACCUCGCCAGAUGUCGGACUGCUGAAGUUGGCUUCGCCGGAGCUAGAGAGACUCAUCAUCCAGUCCAGCAAUGGUCUGAUCACCACAACUCCGACUCCAACUCAGUUCCUGUGCCCGAAGAAUGUCACUGACGAGCAGGAGGGCUUUGCAGAGGGGUUCGUCCGGGCACUGGCGGAGCUGCAUCACCAACACAUGCCCAACAUGCCGAACAUGCCCAACGUCACCUCGGCCCCACAGACGAGUAUCAACAAUGGUAUGGCACCUGUUUCUUCAAUGGCGGGUAGUACUGUUUACAGUUCAACCAUGCGCGCUGACCCACCUGUGUACGCGGACCUCAACACGUUCAAUCCUGCAAUCAGCAGCGCACCCUCAGCAGUACCAAGUUACAGCACAGCCAACGCCAUGACUUACACCACAACCCAUCCACAGCAUACGAUCAACACAGAGCUCCCCGUUCAGCACCUACGGCUACAGGCCCUGAAGGAAGAACCCCAGACAGUGCCGGAGAUGCCGGGUGAUACGCCCCCUCUCUCUCCCAUUGACAUGGAGAACCAGGAGCGGAUAAAGGCUGAGAGGAAGCGCAUGAGGAACAGGGUCGCCGCCUCCAAAUGCCGGAAGAGGAAACUGGAAAGGAUCUCCCGGCUGGAGGAUAAAGUGAAGAAUCUGAAGUCCCAAAACUCUGAUCUUUCCUCCACUGCGAACAUGCUCCGCGAACAGGUAGCGCAGCUGAAGCAGAAAGUCAUGAACCACGUCAACAGUGGAUGUCAGCUCAUGUUGACGCAGCAGCUGCAAACGUUUUGAAAACAACGAGUUGGCCUAUGUGAGAGACUCGAUCUAAUUAAAAUCGGACUCUUAAGGACAAAGUAAAAGGCUGUUUCUGUGAGCCGUAGAGAAGUUCUCUACAGGUGGCCAAUGCAGGGACGGACUGGCCGAGUGCCUUGCACUCCCUCUGGGGCGCAUUGGAGCUCGCUUGGACUCGUGGCUGAACUUAGCAAGCUGAGUCCGCUGGUGGGCAAAAAGAAACGGCAACAAACAGCAUCAGCGAUCCGUCCUGUUUCUCGCUGUUUCGUUUUCUUUGUUUUUGAUAAAGACUUUGAAAAUUAGACUUAACCUUGUUCACUUUGACCAAGUUGUGCAUGGACCUAAGCUGUAAGGAGCAGUCCCAGUAUUAGACAUGAAAAAAAGAGAAGCAAGAAUUGCAAUAGACUUAGCUGCCUAUGCUGUCGCGCCAAUGGGAAGGCGUGUCAACAGUCUGAAUUAUUUUGAUAAAAGCUGCCUGUCUUCUAAGUUACAAUGUAAUUUUUAAUUCUCAUAUGUUAUUGAAUUGUUUGUCUUUAAGUUAGAGGAGCUUCAAAAGUUAUUUCUCUUUCUCUAAAGCAGUUUAAUGGGGUUUCACUCAUUGUUAUUUGUACAUAAGAUCAACUGGGAGUACUUAAGUUUACCAUUUGUAAUAAAAUACAGUAUAAUUUUUUUAUGUUUGUUUUCUGACCACCUCAGAAACUAAUCAUUAUUUAAGAAAUGUAAUAAAGUAUGUCCAACCAUA